ACAAGCUUAAAUGUGAGUCGCCGAAAAAAAUACAAAAAUAUUAACAAAAAGUGACAAAUAAUCGUAGAAAUUAAGUUCGAAUCGUGUCAAAGAAGCGACUUUCCAUCGACACAUCAUGGCUGAUCAAGCUGCACGUCAACUGCAGUACGAAUACAAGGCGAAUUCCAAUCUCGUCUUGCAAGCAGACGUCCGUUUAAUCGAAAGACCUCGCAAAGAUGAAGCCACGGGCGAAGUCAUGUCUCUCGUGGGCAAACUUUCCGGCACGAAAAUGGGCGACAAAGCGCAACGCAGCAAGCCGGAAAAGGCGGAGGAGCGAAAAAAGAAGCGUCAAAAACGUGACGAGGCGCAAUAUGACUUCAACAGCAUGAAAGGAGCAACUUUGUUGUCUGAAGGCAUCGACGAGAUGGUUGGCAUCGUUUACAGACCAAAAACGCACGAAACGCGUCAAACGUACGAAGUUCUCUUGAGUUUCAUUCAAGAAGCGCUCGGCGAUCAACCGAGGGAUAUUUUGUGCGGAGCUGCGGAUGAAAUUUUGACCGUGCUGAAGAACGAAAAACUCAAAGAUCGCGAAAAGAAACGCGAAAUUGACGAGUUGCUCGGCGGACAAAUGGCGGACGAGAGAUUUUCCUUGUUAGUGAAUUUGGGAAAGAAAAUCACAGAUUUUGGAGCGGAUAUUGCAGCAGCUGUGAGUGCGAUAGCGGAUAACAAGCAAGUCGAUGAGCAGUAUGGAAUUAAUGUGCAGUUCGAGGAAAGUGAGGCGGAGAGCGACGAAGAUGUUUAUGGAGAAAUUCGUGAUGAGGAAGGUCAGGAUGAGGGAGAAGAAGCGCGAGAUGAUGGAGCGUUGCAUGCGGAAAAUCUCGUCGACACCGAAGAACAACGCAAAAAAGAAAAAGCCUUGCAUCCCCUCGACAUCGACGCUUAUUGGCUUCAACGUUGCUUGAGCAAAUAUUAUUCUGACGCCAUGAUCUCCCAAGCCAAAGCGGGCGAAGUUUUAAAAGUCCUCAAAGACGCCAGCGACGAUCGCGAAUGCGAAAAUCAACUCGUCAUGUUACUCGGCUACGAUUGCUUCGAUUUCAUCAAACAACUAAAGAAAAAUCGCCAAAUGAUUCUUUAUUGCACGAUGUUGGCAUCGUCUCAGAGCGAAAGUGAACGUCAAAAAAUCCGCAAUAAAAUGAAAGACGAUCCAACAUUAUCGAAAAUUUUGAAGACACUCGACACGGGCAAAGGCGACGACGACUUCGAAGAAGAGAAACACGAUCGUAAGAAGCGAAAAAUGCAGCAAAAUGAAGAGGAAAUGGAUGUCGAUGACAGCAAAUUGAACAAUCGGAAGAUUUUGGAGCUUGAUGAACUGGCAUUUACGCAAGGAUCGCAUUUUAUGGCGAACAAACGUUGCCAACUCCCCGACGGGUCAUUCAGGAAACAGCGAAAAGGAUAUGAGGAAGUUCAUGUUCCAGCGUUGAAACCGAAACCCUUCGACGAAGAGGAAGAACUUGUUAGCGUCGAGAAAAUUCCAAAGUACGUGCAACCCGUUUUUGCUGGUUUCAAGACUUUAAAUCGGAUUCAGAGUCGAAUUUACAAGGCAGCACUCGAAUCCGACGAAAAUCUCUUACUUUGCGCUCCAACAGGUGCCGGCAAGACAAAUGUCGCUUUGUUAACGAUGAUGCGCGAAAUUGGCAAACACAUCAACGACGACGGAACCAUCAACGCGGACGAGUUUAAAAUCAUUUAUGUCGCUCCGAUGCGUUCUUUGGUACAAGAAAUGGUCGGAAAUUUCGGAAAACGUCUCGCGCCGUACAAUUUAACUGUUUCCGAAUUGACGGGAGAUCAUCAACUGAGUCGAGAACAAAUCGCCGCUACUCAAGUGAUCGUUUGUACACCCGAAAAAUGGGAUAUUAUCACGAGAAAAGGAGGCGAAAGGUCUUUUACGCAACUGGUGCGUUUGGUAAUUAUUGACGAAAUUCAUUUGUUGCACGAUGAACGUGGUCCGGUGCUUGAAGCUCUUGUGGCACGAACAAUUCGAAAUAUUGAGACGACACAAGAAGAUGUGCGGAUGAUCGGAUUGUCAGCUACGUUGCCGAAUUAUCAGGAUGUUGCGACUUUUAUGCGUGUGCAACCGAGUGGAUUGUUCUAUUUUGACAAUAGUUUUCGUCCUGUGGCAUUGGAGCAGCAGUACAUUGGUGUGACAGAGAAGAAGGCGUUGAAGAGGUUCCAAGUUAUGAAUGAAAUUGUCUAUGAGAAGAUUAUGGAGCAUGCGGGACGGAAUCAGGUCCUCGUUUUCGUUCAUUCCCGCAAAGAAACCGGCAAAACUGCUCGCGCCAUUCGUGACAUCUGCUUAGAAAAGGACACUCUCGGCAGUUUUCUUCGCGAAGGCUCCGCCAGUAUGGAAGUUUUACGUUCCGAAGCCGAACAAGUGAAAAACCAAGAGCUCAAAGACAUCCUCCCAUACGGUUUCGCCAUCCAUCAUGCUGGAAUGACGCGCGUUGAUCGUACUCUCGUCGAAGAUUUGUUCGCCGAUCGUCACAUUCAAGUUCUUGUCUCGACUGCAACGCUCGCUUGGGGUGUCAAUUUGCCCGCGCACACGGUAAUCAUCAAGGGAACGCAAGUUUAUAAUCCCGAAAAAGGUCGUUGGGUCGAAUUAAGCGCCUUGGAUGUUCUUCAGAUGUUGGGUCGAGCAGGUCGACCUCAAUAUGACACAAAAGGCGAAGGUAUUUUAAUCACGAAUCACAGUGAACUCCAAUAUUAUUUGUCACUUUUGAACCAACAACUGCCCAUUGAGUCGCAGUUGAUCGCAAAAUUGCCGGAUAUGUUGAACGCGGAAAUCGUUCUCGGCACGGUUCAGAAUGUAAAAGAUGCUGUAACGUGGUUGGGGUAUACUUAUUUGUACGUGAGGAUGUUACGGGCACCAACUUUGUACGGAAUUUCGUUCGAUCAGAAGAAGGAAGAUCCAUUUUUGGAACAACAUAGAGCGGAUUUGAUCCAUACUGCGGCUCUUCAUUUGGAUAGAAGUGGCUUGAUUAAAUAUGAUCGUCGCAUGGGACAAUUCCAAAUGACUGAAUUAGGUCGAAUUGCAUCUCAUUUCUACUGUACACAUCAAACAAUGUCAACUUACAAUCAACUUUUAAAACCAACUUUGAGCGAAAUUGAGUUAUUCCGCGUUUUCUCGCUUUCGGGCGAAUUCCGAAACAUCACGGUACGCGAAGAGGAGAAACUCGAGUUACAAAAACUCAUGGAACGUGUCCCAAUUCCCAUUAAAGAAAGCAUGGAAGAGCCCAGCGCCAAAGUAAACGUCUUACUUCAAGCCUACAUCUCCCAACUAAAACUCGAUGGCUUCGCUUUAAUGGCUGACAUGGUCUACGUAACGCAAUCCGCAGCUCGAUUACUCCGCGCCAUCUUCGAAAUUGUCUUGCACCGCGGAUGGGCACAACUCGCCGACAAAUGUUUGACGCUCUGCAAGAUGAUCGAUCGUCGCAUGUGGCAAUCCAUGUCUCCGCUGCGCCAAUUCCGCAAAAUGCCCGAGGAAAUAGUGAAAAAAAUCGAGAAAAAAGGCUUUCCGUGGGAGCGAAUGUACGAUUUGGAGCCCAAUGAGAUCGGAGAACUCAUUCGCGCGCCAAAAUUGGGCAAAACUGUCCAUAAAUUCGUGCAUCAAUUCCCAAAACUCGAGUUAUCGACGCAUAUUCAGCCAAUUACGAGAGCAACGCUUCGUGUUGAGCUCACAAUUACGCCAGAUUUUCAAUGGGACGAGAAAAUUCACGGACAAUCGGAGGCUUUUUGGAUUUUUGUCGAAGAUGUCGACUCGGAAGUCAUUCUGCAUCACGAAUUUUUCCUCUUAAAACAGAAAUACGCGACAGACGAGCAUUUGGUGAAGUUCUUCGUGCCCGUUUUUGAGCCCUUGCCGCCGCAAUAUUUCUUGCGAAUCAUUUCCGAUCGCUGGAUUGGCUCGGAAACACAGCUGCCAGUCUCCUUCCGUCACUUGAUCUUACCGGAAAAGACAAUGCCGCCCACAGAAUUGCUCGAUUUGCAACCUUUGCCGAUCUCAGCAUUGAGAAAUCCCGAAUUCGAGGCUUUGUAUAACGAAAGUUUCCCACAAUUCAACCCGAUUCAGACGCAAGUCUUCAAUGCGGUUUACAAUUCGGAUGAUAAUGUCUUCAUUGGAGCGCCAACUGGUUCAGGAAAGACUACGAUUGCGGAAUUUGCGAUGUUGAGACUUUUUGGUCAAAAUCCGGAGGGGCGUUGUGUGUAUCUGGUAUCGAAAGAUGCACAAGCUGACUUAGUUUUUACUGAUUGGCAUACGAAAUUUAAUCAGGCGCUCGGCAUAAAGCUCGUAAAACUCACGGGAGAGACAGGAACUGACCUGAAAUUGAUCGCAAAAGGACAAAUUAUUGUCACGACAGCCGAUAAAUGGGACAUUCUCUCGCGUCGCUGGAAACAGAGGAAGAAUGUGCAGAAUAUUCAGCUUUUUAUAGCGGAUGAAUUGCAAUUAAUUGGCGGGGAAGAAGGUCCCGUACUUGAAGUUGUUUGUUCUCGCAUGCGAUACAUUUCCUCUCAAAUCGAGAAACAAAUCCGCAUCAUCGCAUUGUCAAGUUCCCUCAUGGAUUACCGCGAUGUCGCUCAAUGGCUUGGAUGCAACGCAAAUGCUACCUUCAAUUUCCAUCCGAGUGUCAGACCAGUUCCGUUAGAACUUCACAUCCAAGGCUUCAAUAUGACCCACAAUGCGUCUCGUGUCGCUGCAAUGUCGAAACCUGUCUACAAUGCCAUCACGAAAUAUUCGCCCCAUAAGCCCGUCAUCGUUUUUGUUUCGUCACGAAAGUUGGCUCGCAUCACAGCGGUCGAUAUUUUGACAUAUUGCACGGCGGAACAACAACCAAAUCGAUUUUUCCACGCCGAUGAGGAAGAUAUUAAACCAUUUUUGGACCGCAUGGAAGACAAAACGCUCAAAGAGACACUUUCGCAAGGCGUCGCGUACAUCCACGAAGGUCUCUCCCAAUCGGAUCAUCGUUUGGUCGAACAACUUUUUGAUUCGGGAGCGAUUCAAGUCGCCGUUGUGACACGAGAUUUGUGCUGGGGACUUGAUGUGACGUCAUAUCUCGUAAUAAUUAUGGACACGCAGUUCUAUAACGGAAAAAAUCAUUCGUACGAAGAUUAUCCGGUGACAGAUGUGAUGCAAAUGAUCGGAAGAGCGAAUCGCCCCACGGAAGAUGAUGAUGCGAAAUGUGUUUUGAUGUGUCAGACAUCGAAAAAAGAUUUUUACAAGAAAUUUUUGACGGAGAGCUUGCCGGUAGAAAGUCAUUUGGAUCAUCGGAUGCAUGAUCACUUUAAUGCGGAAAUUGUCACAAAAACAAUUGAGAAUAAACAGGAUGCAGUGGAUUAUUUGACAUGGACAUUUUUAUACAGAAGAUUAACGCAGAAUCCAAAUUAUUAUAAUUUGCAAGGAGUUACUCACAGACAUUUAUCGGAUCACUUGUCAGAAUUGGUCGAAAACACCCUCAACGACUUGGAACAAUCGAAAUGUAUCAGCAUUGAAGACGACAUGGAUACCCUUCCGCUCAAUUUGGGCAUGAUUGCUGCUUAUUAUUACAUCAACUACACAACUAUCGAGCUUUUCAGCUUGUCCUUGAACCACAAAACCAAGAUUCGUGGUUUGUUGGAAAUUAUUUCAUCAGCUGCGGAAUACGAAGAUGUCGUCGUCAGACAUCGCGAGGACUCUUUACUUCAAGCUUUAGCUGCACGUUUGCCCAAUAAAUUGACUGGACCUGAAGGAAGUGCUCCAAAGUACAACGAUCCCCAUAUCAAGACAAAUUUAUUGCUUCAAGCUCAUUUGUCGCGCAUUCAGCUUGGCGCCGAGUUACAAGGCGACACGGAAAUCAUUCUCGGCAAAUCCAUUCGAUUGAUUCAGGCUUGCGUGGAUGUUCUUAGCUCCAACGGGUGGCUUUCGCCGGCAGUUGCUGCUAUGGAACUCGCACAAAUGGUCACACAAGCGAUGUGGACAAAGGAUUCGGUGCUUAAACAAUUGCCGCAUUUCACGAGCGAUAUCAUUAAAAGGUGUCAAGAUAAAAAUGUCGAAACGGUAUUUGAUAUUAUGGAGUUGGAGGAUGCUGAUCGUACGAGAUUAUUGCAACUCACAGACGCACAAAUGGCGGAUGUGGCUCGUUUUUGUAAUAGAUAUCCGAAUAUCGAGAUGAACUUUGAAGUUGUCGAUAAGGAUAGAAUUAAUUCGGGAUCUACGGUGAAUGUUGUCGUGCAGUUGGAGCGCGAAGAUGAAGUCGUUGGACCUGUUGUUGCGCCAUUGUUCCCUCAGAAACGCGAAGAAGGAUGGUGGGUCGUCAUCGGAGAUCCAAAGGCAAAUUCCCUACUUUCCAUCAAACGUCUCACACUCCAACAAAAAGCAAAAGUCAAACUCGACUUUGUCGCUCCAAGCCCAGGUGUUCACGAAUACACUUUAUACUACAUGAGCGAUGCGUAUCUCGGAUGCGAUCAAGAAUACACUUUCAAAAUCAACGUUGGCGACUUCCAAUCGGAAAGUGAGAGUGAAUCUGACUAAAAAGUAUGCAGCACCAAAAGAAGGUCGCUUGCUGAUAAUUUUUUAAUUAUUACAUUUUUUUUCAUGUCAUUAAAUAAAAAUAAUUGUAAGUCCAUUAAAAAAUAUAAAUAAAAAUAUUUCAAUGAUAAUAAAAUUAAAAAAAAAAAUC